AUGCUUCUGAGAAACUACAAACAGAACUUAUCGUUUUGGACUUCGGCCAAAAAAAGCAAGAUUCACAAAAUUCAAAGCCAAGAAACUGUAACGUUUCAAGGAUCUCUAAAACUGGUUUUGUUUAUUGGACAAUUAUUCUCAUUAUUUCCCGUUUGUGGUCUUCUAAGUAACGAUGCGAACAAAGUUAAGUUCGUGCCGAUUUCUUGGAAAUGCGGCUAUUCAAUGCUAUCUAUGAUUGGACAACUUUUUAUCAUAGUGAUGUGCAUUCUAUAUGUUGCCCAUUUUGAGACUACUUUGAAUGGAACGACUCCCAUAAUAUUCUAUGGAGUUACAUUUAUUUCGAUGAUAGCUUUCAUUCGAGCAUCCAGACGUUGGCCGGAACUUAUCCAACAUAUUUCCAAAUCUGAAGAAUUGGAUCCAAGUUUCGACUUCAGACUAAAGAAGAAAUGCAAUAUUACACUUUUGCUUGUACUGGUUUUGGCCAUAUUGGAACACAUAUUCUCAAUCAGAUCUGCAUAUUCAGCCUCACAGAUUUGCUAUCCUCACACUGGUUUCUAUGAGGGCUUCGUCAGAUAUCUUUACCCUUGGGUAUUCGAUUUUCUUCCGUAUUCGGCGGCGCUGGGAAUGGUAACACAGUUCCUUAACAUUCAAUCGCAUUUUAUAUGGAACUUCACGGAUUUGUUCGUGAUUUGUAUGAGUUACUAUCUGACAUCACGUUUGGAUUUGGUCAACAAGAAGCUGUUGCCUGCACAAGGAAAGUAUCUCCCGGAAAUAUUUUGGCGAACAACAAGAGAAACAUACUGCAGAGCCACAAAACUGGUCAGGAAAGUUGAUGAAAUCAUAAACGGAAUCCUGUUUAUUUCAUUUGCAAAUAAUUUAUUUUUUGUAUGCGUCCAACUAUUUAAUACUUUUGAUGACAGUGUUGAUAUGGUUGGAUUAUGUUACAACUAUUCUGAAAGGAGAACUAAACCUGUCGGAAGGGAACCUGUUAUUUAUUUACUGUUCUCUUUGGGGUUCUUAAUAUCUAGAUCUAUAACAGUUUCGUUGAUAGCAUCACAAGUAAAUUUGGCAUCAACAGUGCCCGCACCUAUCCUAUAUGAUGUACCUUCAGCUGUUUAUUGUGUAGAGGUGCAGAGAUUUCUGGAACAAGUUAACGGAGACAACGUUGCUCUGACCGGAUUGCAAUUUUUCAGCGUCACUCGUGGAUUGCUCUUGAGUGUUGCCGGCACAAUAGUUACAUACGAACUCGUAAUGGUUCAAUUCAAUCAAGCACCCGCUUCAGAUUCAUUUACUGAAAAAUUAGUAGAAAACAAUAUCAGUACUAUAGAAACAUUUUACAACUACUCGUAGUCAGAGAAAAACGCUUUUUUCUCCUACCUACUCCGAAAGCUCGGUUUUCGUCCCGCUGUACAGGGAAGAAAGUCUAACUUUUUCUCCCUGGGUACUGACAAGUGCGCAUGCGCUUUAGUGUCUACGUCUGCUCUCACGCACCUAAAAUUCUCCGCUAUUGUUUUGCUCGGGUAAUUUGCAAUAUUGUGCAAUUGUGUAAAAGUGAAAUAAACAAUAGGCAAUAAAAUUUAAUAGUGAAGCAUUAAACAAAGAUGAGUUCAUCAGACAGUUCUUAUUCAAUUAGUAGCAGUUUAUUUAAAAAUUUAAAAACAGUUAAAUUGUUUUUCUUAGAAGUCUCAUCCCGCGUGUAAAAUUGCCACCCGAGCCGAAGGCGGGAAUGGAAAUGUCCAACUUUUCUCCCUUGGUGCACAAUGUACUAUUAAUGAUUAUCACAAAAACUAUCACGAUUCAGAUAUAUCUAAGAUAUAGUUCUGCUAUAAGAUCUGGUAUAGUGUUUGCAUCGCAGCUGUAAUGCCUUCAGGUUAGAAGAGUAACGAAAUAGCUUUAUGUAUGAAGGUGUGUAGUGACCUUUACAUUGCGGCGUCAAUGGACUCGAGUUACCACUUAACAGUAGGUACCUUUACUUCUACUAAGUACCACGUCGGGUCUAUCUUUCAGUCUAGUACGCCGAUCUAAAGUAGAAUAUGAAAAAAUCAAAAAUGUUAUAUUAUGUCACCAUUUACUCUUUGGUAUCUUUGCAUUGUUCUUUUCCGACGGAUCCAUCUGGUUUUAGAAACAAGUGACUAUAACUAUUCAUAUAUAAUUCAUGAAAGCCACGUCUUAACAUACACGAUUUUUUUUAAUAUUGUAGCGUCAAAAACGCGUAGAUCAACACUGUUCAGUAUUCUUUAAUUUUCUGUAAUUCGUUUUACUUUAAGAAUAAAAAGAUUAAAUGUGUUA